CAUUAUGGUCCCAUGUUUUGUUUAUUUAUUUAUUUAUUUACUACAAAAAUAAAAUUCCUUCCUAAUGAUAAUUGCUUAAUGUUGUAAAUUUUAUAGAUAAGUAAACUAUCCUUAUUAAGACGAGUCUAUAAAGUUUAAGGGCAUCAUAAACAGAACAAAAGGAAAAAUUCGUUCCAAACCAAAAGUAAAAUCAUCAAAAAUUAAAAAACCUGCAGAAGUGAAGCCUGCUAAUGAUGGUACAAUGCCUAAACCAAAGAUGAUUGCUAAAGUGUGCCCUUCCUGUAAGGGCCAGGUUCCAGUAGCAUGUAAGUCAUGUCCCUGUGGCCAUUUCUUUUACAAUGCCAGGAGGAUAGCGAGGGAAUUUGCCAUGGAAGCAGACUUUCUUCGAAGAACAGCAAGGGUCAGGAGAGAGAAGCCCAAUUAUUAUGAUGCUCUGGAGUAUGAUAAGCAUAUUAAAAAGCUUAAAAAAAGGUUAAGUGAGUCUAAAAACGAUGAUGAUGAUGAUGAAGAAAUGGUGGUGGACAAGAAGUAUCACAAAAAGGAUAAAUUGAGAAAAAAGAAAAAAUCUAAAAAGAAUAUAGAAGAGGAUGAUGAAGAUGACCCUAUGGCGAAGCUCACUCCGGAAAUUUUAGGCCACUGUAGUAUGAUUUUGGAGAGCUUAAAUAGCAAGAUGAAGGUGGUCAUGUGGAAACCAACCACAUAAGUGGGUUUGCUCUUUUUUUAACCUCAUUGUAUUAAAAAUGUGAAUAUUGUGUAAAUGUAAAAAAUAUUGUUCAUAUAGCCUAAAUGCCAUAGUGUGAAUAUUUUAAAUAUUUAGUUCCUAUAAUAGUCUUGUUAAUAAUUUACAUUACAUGUGGCAUCUAUUAUGUGUUUAAGUUGGGUUAAAUAGCAAACACUAACUUGCACCAAAGGGUUUGUUUGGUUUUUAAUCGGGUAAAUAUAGGUUUGGGUUUGGUUUAUUUAAAUUGGAUUAGGUUUAAAGGGAAACACCUGCUUAAUCAAACAGAAAUCCAGGUGUGCGUUAGUGUCAACUGUCCGAAUCAACCGAGUCUAUUGUGAGACUAAUUAUGAUUAGGUUCUUUAGAAGGGCCUUUAUUGUUUUAUUUAUUUAUAGAUGGUACUGAUUAGGCAACCUUUAAAAUAAAAUUUUAAGUAUU